AUGGGAAAAUUGGGGACAAAUAACCAGGAAAAGCUAUACUUCGUUGUGAUACCCUGUCAUAAUUACCUAAAAUCCAAACCAGGUUCGAAAAAGGCUUCAAAAUAUAGCAGGAAUCUUGCUACGGGCCUUGUUCUUGACGACGAGCAUGCACUGGACUCACUCAAUGGUGGAAAUAGUUACUUCUACACAACAAAACAUAGGAUUAUCACUCACGUCUCGUGCACAUGUGAUGGUGCAAGGAUCCACUAUGAGACAAUAAAGUGGAAGAAAGAAAUGCAAAGAAUCCAAACGCGAGCUACAUCAACAAUGAAUGUCUUAGUACGAUCAGCUCUUGCAGUUGUGAAGAAUUGUGCUGCAGCCCAAAACUACCCUGAAUUUGUUGCAGAUAAAGCAAUGUGCGGUGUCGACUGCGGAGACUUUGGUCAUAGUAAGGAAGAAUUCAAAAAUAUCAUUGAUGUUGCUGCAUCAUGGAUUGAUGGUGAGGUAUCGAAACAGCUUAAAGCACCACUGCAAUGCACAGGUUUAAACCCCCAUUUCUCUCUUACUAUGGACAAGGGAACUCCAGGACAAGAAACCAACCAAGCAACAAUGAUUGUUUUUAAUGAUGAAGGUAAACGUAUUGCAGUACCAGUUGGUUCACCUGCGGUUUACCAAACAAACGACGAUAACACUGCAGUAACAGGUGCAUAUGCAAACCAAUUAGCUUCAAGUUCUAUAAUGUUGGUGAAGAAAACGUACGAACUGGAAACAGAUGAACUUUCAUACUGCCAGGGCAUCGUUGCUGAUGGACAAUAUCAAAGUACUGGAUUCAGAGAUGAAUUAAAGAAGUUGUUACCUUUUGAUUUUGAUGUAGACCCUGUUUUAGAUACCUUCUUCAGCAGUCUUUGGGAUCCAGACCACUUUUCUGAUUUGGCCUUUACCGAUGUUCGAGAGGGCAAAAUUGGAGACUCGAAAGAAUUCAUUUCAAGGGUCAUCAAGAGGUCAAAUGUCUUUGGAGCCGCCUUCCACUCUGGAAAACAUUUGUUUUAA